ACUAAACCUGACUUCUCCAAUACUAAACCUGACUUCUCCAAUACUAAACCUGACUUCUCCAAUACUAAACCUGAGUUCUCCAAUACUAAACCUGACUUCUCCAAUACUAAACCUGACUUCUCCAAUAAUAAACCUGACUUCUCCAAUAAUAAACGUGACUUCUCCAAUAAUAAACCUGACUUCUCCAAUAAUAAACGUGACUUCUCCAAUAAUAAACCUGACUUCUCCAAUAAUAAACCUGACUUCUCCAAUAAUAAACGUGACUUCUCCAAUAAUAAACCUGACUGCUCCAAUACUAAACAUUGCUUCUCCAAUAAUAAACGUGACUUCUCCAAUAAUAAACCUGACUUCUCCAAUAAUAAACGUGACUUCUCUAAUAAUAAACCUGACUGCUCCAAUACUAAACGUUGCUUCUCCAAUAAUAAACGUGACUUCUCCAAUACUAAACGUUGCUUCUCCAAUAAUAAACGUGACUUCUCCAAUAGUAAACCUGAAUUCUCCAAUACUAAACGUUGCUUCUCCAAUAAUAAACGUGACUUCUCCAAUACUAAGCGUUGCUUCUCCAAUAAUAAACGUGACUUCUCCAAUACUAAACCUGACUUCUCCAAUACUAAACCUGACUUCUCCAAUACUAAACCUGACUUCUCCAAUACAAAACCUGACUUCUCCAAUACUAAACCUGACUUCUCCAAUAAUAAACCUGACUUCUCCAAUAAUAAACGUGACUUCUCCAAUAAUAAACCUGACAAUAAUAAACCUGACUGCUCCAAUACUAAACGUUGCUUCUCCAAUACUAAACCUGACUUCUCCAAUAAUAAACCUGACUUCUCCAAUAAUAAACGUGACUUCUCCAAUAAUAAACCUUACUGCUCCAAUACUAAACGUUGCUUCUCCAAUAAUAAACGUGACUUCUCCAAUAAUAAACCUGACUGCUCCAAUACUAAACGUUGCUUCUCCAAUAAUAAACGUGACUUCUCCAAUAAUAAACCUGACUUCUCCAAUAAUAAACGUGACUUCUCCAAUAAUAAACCUGACUGCUCCAAUACUAAACGUUGCUUCUCCAAUAAUAAACGUGACUUCUCCAAUACUAAACGUUGCUUCUCCAAUAAUAAACGUGACUUCUCCAAUAAUAAACCUGACUGCUCCAAUACUAAACGUUGCUUCUCCAAUAAUAAACGUGACUUCUCCAAUACUAAACGUUGCUUCUCCAAUAAUAAACGUGACUUCUCCAAUACUAAACCUGACUUCUCCAAUACUAAACCUGACUUCUCCAAUACUAAACCUGACUUCUCCAAUACUAAACCUGACUUCUCCAAUACUAAACCUGACUUCUCCAAUACUAAACCUGACUUCUCCAAUACUAAACCUGACUUCUCCAAUAAUAAACCUGACUUCUCCAAUAAUAAACGUGACUUCUCCAAUAAUAAACCUGACUUCUCCAAUAAUAAACCUGACUUCUCCAAUAAUAAACGUGACUUCUCCAAUAAUAAACCUGACUGCUCCAAUACUAAACGUUGCUUCUCCAAUAAUAAACGUGACUUCUCCAAUAAUAAACCUGACUGCUCCAAUACUAAACGUUGCUUCUCCAAUAAUAAACGUGACUUCUCCAAUACUAAACGUUGCUUCUCCAAUAAUAAACGUGACUUCUCCAAUAAUAAACCUGACUGCUCCAAUACUAAACGUUGCUUCUCCAAUAAUAAACGUGACUUCUCCAAUACUAAACGUUGCUUCUCCAAUAAUAAACGUGACUUCUCCAAUACUAAACCUGACUUCUCCAAUACUAAACCUGACUUCUCCAAUACUAAACCUGACUUCUCCAAUACUAAACCUGACUUCUCCAAUACUAAACCUGACUUCUCCAAUACUAAACCUGACUUCUCCAAUAAUAAACCUGACUUCUCCAAUAAUAAACGUGACUUCUCCAAUAAUAAACCUGACUGCUCCAAUACUAAACGUUGCUUCUCCAAUAAUAAACGUGACUUCUCCAAUAAUAAACCUGACUGCUCCAAUACUAAACGUUGCUUGUCCAAUAAUAAACGUGACUUCUCCAAUACUAAACCUGACUUCUCCAAUACUAAACCUGACUUCUCCAAUACUAAACCUGACUUCUCCAAUACUAAACCUGACUUCUCCAAUACUAAACCUGACUUCUCCAAUAAUAAACCUGACUUCUCCAAUAAUAAACGUGACUUCUCCAAUAAUAAACCUGACUGCUCCAAUACUAAACGUUGCUUCUCCAAUAAUAAACGUGACUUCUCCAAUACUAAACCUGACUUCUCCAAUACUAAACCUGACUUCUCCAAUACUAAACCUGACUUCUCCAAUACUAAACCUGACUUCUCCAAUAAUAAACGUGACUUCUCCAAUAAUAAACCUGACUGCUCCAAUACUAAACGUUGCUUCUCCAAUAAUAAACGUGACUUCUCCAAUAAUAAACCUGACUGCUCCAAUACUAAACGUUGCUUCUCCAAUAAUAAACGUGACUUCUCCAAUAAUAAACCUGACUUCUCCAAUAAUAAACGUGACUUCUCCAAUAAUAAACCUGACUGCUCCAAUACUAAACGUUGCUUCUCCAAUAAUAAACGUGACUUCUCCAAUACUAAGCGUUGCUUCUCCAAUAAUAAACGUGACUUCUCCAAUACUAAGCGUGACUUCUCCAAUACUAAACGUUGCUUCUCCAAUAAUAAACGUGACUUCUCCAAUACUAAACCUGACUUCUCCAAUACUAAACCUGACUUCUCCAAUACUAAACCUGACUUCUCCAAUACUAACUGUGUCUCCAUUAAUGAAGCGUGUGUGUGA